GUAAUAUUAUAGCAGGGGCAUUUUAGGUCCUUCAACCCUUCACAUGUUGGGAGCUUAAAGCGGAUGUUAAAGUAAUUGAGCCACCACGCGGAGAGGAAGACAAAAAUGGCGGAUCAAUUGAAAAACCCUAAGAAACAGUUUCAGCUAAAUCCCAACUGGGCUCAGCUCCGUCAACAACUCAACAGCAAUGGCUUCCAAAAACAACUGUCAAAUCCUUCAGAAACAGAAAAUCCUAAUUCCAUAUUAGGAAAGCGCAAAAGCAGGCCCAGUGAUGAUUCCGGAGAUGCUACGCCUAAUCCUCUUACUCCAACUUCAUCGGAUUCAAGUGUUACAGAUGUGAUAGGGAUGGAUUGUGAAAUGGUUGGCGUAAGCUCUGUGGGAAACAGAAGUGCUCUUGGGCGAGUCACACUGGUCAACCAAUGGGGAAAUGUGAUAUAUGACGAAUAUGUUCGUCCAGUUGAACGUGUUGUUGACUUCCGCACCAAAAUCAGUGGUAUUAGACCUCAGCACUUAAAGAAAGCAAAAGAUUUCCGCGUUGUUCAGAAGGAGGUGGCAGAACUAAUAAAGGGACGGAUUCUUGUUGGCCAUGCUCUGCGAAAUGAUUUUAAGGCCUUGUUAUUAGGCCAUCAAAAGCAGGAUAUUCGUGACACUUCUGAAUAUAAGCAUUUUCUAAGGGAAGGACGCAGUCGUGCACUACGGAACCUUGCUACUGAAGUCCUUGGAGUGGAGAUACAAAAUGGAGAGCAUUGCCCAAUAGAGGAUGCCCGUGCUGCUAUGAUGCUUUACCUAAAGCACAGAAAAGAAUGGGAAAAGAGCAUCAAGGACUUUGCAAGACUGAAGGAGAAACAGAAAAAGCGUAAACCAAAGAAAAAAAAGAGGAGUUUGAGAAGACCUGCGUCUGAAUAAUGCUUCCUAAUGAGAGAUGAUCACUCCAGCUUAUCUCGUUGCUCGGGACAUGUAACAAUUUACUGAUUAGGGUUGGAGCAGACAGAGAACUGACUAAACAUGAUAAAUGAUUGUUGUGGAUGUGAAAUGCUCAAAGGAAGAAUUAUAAUUAGAUCCUCUCUCUCUCUCUCACACACACACUAUCAUGGCGUGCCAGAACUUUGUGCUCGCCAGACCUUAUUAUUCAGUUUCAAGAAUCAUGACAUGGAUCCAACCAAGACUGGUUCUGCUAGUGAAAGGAGGAACACAUCAUCUCUUUUGUGGCUUUUCACUGCAAAACUGCCAAGCUUUUGUACUAGAUUCAUAUAUCCUAAGCCUUCCUGUUGGCGCUUUUCUAGAGUUGUGAUUACAAUUCUGGAUUUUUUUUGCUCACAACAUUCGUUCCUCAGUAGGGCUUUUAUUUGAUUUUGAUUGAAGUUCUAGCUACAGAAGAGCUUGUAUCAUGUGAAAAAAUAUUGGACCAAGGAGUUACUGUGAUUGUAGUUGAAAAGUGGUGAUAGUCUACUUAAUGAAAUUGCAGAUCAUUGUUAUAUCUCUA